AUGGGACCCAAUUUGGUACUAAAUAGAUUCAUUUCAUUCACUUUUGGUUUCCUCGUUGUCAAUGCUUUUGCCAACCCUGAUUUAGAGCGUUUUUACGAAAUACAUCCUCUAUUCAAACAACGCGAUUACGCUUUUUUAAAUUUCUAUGAGUUAGAUUCAAAGAAUUUUAAGAGAUUUGAGAAGGAUGUGAAGGGAUUGACCAGAUAUUUGCAAACCAAAGCGGGGUACGAUACUUCUAAGGUUAUAGGUCUCAAAGACCUUAAACCUACCGAUUCUUUGAAUAAAUACCAGUAUAUUGGAAUCCAGACCUGGUACAGCCCAGAACACAUGAAAACGGCCGUCGAUUCACUGUUCAGCCAAAAAAUCAUAUCAAAGGGUAGUUUGACAGAUUUUGGUAAAAAGGGCACUGUUUUACCCAGAUUUGAGACUCUGAAACACUCCAAAUCAGAUGACGACGACAUGGAGGAUGAUGAGGAACAGACGGAUGAGGACGACGAUGAACACAUCGACGAAAAAAGCGACACAGUAGACACUGCGGAAAAGGCCGAGUCGAACUAUGCCUCAGAAGCCGCCGAGGCUGACAAUAGAAAAAAGAAGGGGAAGGAGAAUGGUAAUUUAAGCUAUCUAAUGGAUCAAAUGGUCAAAUUAUCGCUGGAAUUAAAGCAAAUAACAAAUGAAAUUAAUUUAAUGGCAUAA